UGCAGCCACAGACUUGAGGAGAAUCUGUGUGCUUGUGAUAUUCAUUUUGACCUAGUCGUAGCAGAUAGAUGAGAACUACAGCAUUACUUGGUGACAGUAUCUGGUGUAUUGCGUUACAGCUGCUGGGGCGAGGAGUGUUGUUAGGGUUUAUGGAUAUUUGAGCAUAUCGGAACCUGUGGAUGUUAGGGUUCUGUUUUUGAGGCUCAUUGCGAGAGUUUUGGGGGGCGUUCCAGCUGUGGCAAUAGCGUCCUGGGAGAUUCUGUCGAUCGGUGUGAGCAGACCUCCAGUUGAAACACCAACGUGCUAAAAUAAAUAAAUGAGGGGAUAGAUUACCUGCUGAAUUGACGAUGAAUUCUCAUGUGAGCUACGAGGCGCGUUUUCUCCAUGCGGCAGCAGAUGGAAUUAGCCCAGCAUUGCUGCUGUCAGCUCCCAAGGGAGCCGCGCAGUAUCUAUUCAAUGUGCCGGAGGGUUUUGCCCGACUUGCACUCGAACACAAGCUUCGUCCGUCGGCCAAAUUGUCUUGUGUUUCGCUUACGUCGCUGCUUCCUCAAUCUGCUGGAGGACUCGGAGGCUUGUUGCUUAGAUUGGCUCAAGAUGGACACGGACAAGUGCAAAUGAUAGGAUCCCCUGGUGUGAGCAGGUUGGUCCAUUCCUUCCGUCAUAUAUUCCGGUGGCGCCACCCUAAGGUUUUGGUUAGCGACUGUGGAGCUUGCGAAAAGGUCCCCGUGUUUGAAGAUGAGUUUGUCGUCAUCGUCCCAAUUGUAUCAGGAGAUUCGCUCUUGGGUUGUCCGUGGUGUCGUUUUGGCACCGCUACCCCAGCCAGAGAGGCCUCUUUACCAAGCCGCAAUUCCGAACCGCCCGCGUCUAGCAGUAGUGCAUCAGAUUCUUCGAGUUCGAGCUCUUCCUCUGAGGAUGAAGCAGCCCCUAGGUUCAAGAAGUCUGAUCUCAAGCCACAUGAUAAGGAUGGUUACUUGAAUUCAAGAGACAGUAGCGAUAGUAGCGACGGCGAUAAUGACUUCAGCAAGGAAGGAAAUGCUGGAGCCAAUGGCCGCCGAAAGAAUCUCAGAAAGAGGAAGAAGAUAGACCUCACCCAUGUGAGCACCCCUUUGUUUGCAGAGCUUGACCUUAUUUUCAGUGAUCGCAACAACCGUGCCAAAGGCAUGAAGAGCGUGGCGUUUUCUCGCCUCAUAAAGGGCAAUGGCAGCGAAAGAGAACGGGAUGUAUCAUUUUCUCGCGGCAUAUCUCAGGCAGCUUCCCAACCAGCACUUGCAAGAAACCUGGAACCCAAGGAAAAGCGUGACACAUGUGAAAGAGAUGCCCAGAGAUCUCUUGAUGCCUCUUCACCACCUCAAACUGCAGGCUGCUAUGACUGGUUGAUCAACAAUGCUACUGAAUACGAACUUCCCGAUGUUGGAGAUGAUGCAAAUCCUGUAUAUGUGAAGAAUUUGUGUGGCACAAUUGAACCAGCUGCCAACUCUGGGGUGCAGGAGCAAGAGGCAUGCAGAAGUGAGGCUUUACAAUCCACUGUCUUGGGUUAUGUCUGCUACUUGAAAAAAUUAGGCGCAGGAAUUAUUUUGGUAGAUUGUGAGAGUUCACUGCUGCUGGAUAGGCUCUGGUCACAUCCUGUGUUGAGGUGUGUUAAUGGGAAGGCCACCUCGCGGUACACAAGCACUGAUUUGCCUGUUGAAGUGAGUAUAACUGACGGUCAUGAAAAGCAACACUCUGUCGUAGCUGUCAUCCACCUCUCUCACUAUUCUUCACAGAAUGUGGUUAAUAAGGAUGGAGACGUAGAACGAGACGAGACGCCUCCACACAUUGCGAUUCGGUUGGACACGCAGGAGUUUGGGUUUUGCUCAUCUUUGGAGACCCUGGCAAAGCUAAAUGUGAUCAAUAAAACAAUGUUUCCUUUGCCCUUCGAUUUAGCUUCCUCAAAUUCUACUGGAGCUGGUGGUGAAUCGUUCAAGAGUAGCAAAGAGCAGGAACAUACAUGGAAAGCUUCGAUGCUUACGCGAGUUGUAUUCGAAAUGGGGGUCAAUGGUGUCAACGCUUCCCUCGAUAACACAGAAUGUGUAAAGGCCAUUGAUAUUGGUAAAAUGCAGCAUGAGAUGCUUCGUAGUAAGCCUCACCUUAAGGCAUUGGAAUUGAACGGAAAUAAAGAUGGGAUGCCACGCCCGAAUUUCAAAUCCAUGCUUACAUCAAACCAGCUGGCUGCCAUGAAUUUGAAAGAACGGCUGAAGCAGCAGCGAGGAAUAACUCCGUCAACCAGCCCUGCGUCGAUUCAAAAACAAAUACAUAAUAUUGUGGGAUUUGAUCAUCCUGGAGCAACAUUUCAGGAUUCGCUGCAACGGGGGAAUAGUGCAGAUUUUGAGUUGGUAUUUUUGGGAACAGGCUCAGCAGAACCAAGCAAAUUCAGAGGUAGCAGUGCUAUACUAUUACAAACAGAAGGCAAACAUAGUAUGUUGCUGGAUGCUGGAGAAGGAAGCAUUGGUCAACUGCGACGCAAAUUUGGUAGUGCAGGAGUUGAUGAAGUCUUACGAUCCCUGCAAUGUGUGUGGUUAUCCCACAAGCAUGCAGAUCAUGUGCUGGGCAUGCUAUCUAUUAUACAUGCAUAUCCAACUGAAGCACCGAAAUUGACAAUCAUUGGGCCAUCAGCAGUUAAAAGAUGGAUAUCUGAGGCAGUGUCAUUAUGGGCAGACAUGGGCUAUAAUUUUCGGCCUUUUCAGUUUUUACACUGCAACGCAUUCUCUGAAGGCAUUUUCAGCAGGCCUGCAGGAAAUGGGGCUCUAGGUAACGCGGAACAGGACACUCAGGGGUUUCUCAAGAAUCUUGCAUUACUGGGUCUGAGGAGUAUUUAUGUUGACCACUGUCACGAAGCGUAUGGAUUAGUUAUACAUGGUCACAGUGGUUGGAGCAUAGUUUACUCUGGAGACACAAGGCCUUGCCACAGACUGAUACAAGCUGGAGGAGGCUGCUCUUUGCUUAUUCACGAGGCAACUUUUGAAGAUAAUUUGUCUGAUCAUGCCAUCCGAAAACGCCACAGCACUGUUUUGGAGGCUAUCGAUGUUGGAUUACAAAUGAGAGCUCAAUUUGUUGUCCUCACCCACUUCAGUCAGCGGUAUCCUCAGGCUGUGACGUUGGACGCAAGUAGAUAUAAAAACGUAUGCACUGCUUUCGACGGCAUGGUGGUUCGUGGUUGUGAGUUGGAAUCUCUUGGUCGGACACUCCCGUUCCUCGGAUCAGCUUUUUCCUAUGAACGCCCCGAUACGGAAACACUGGUUGCCCCCUGUUCUGUAGAUCCUCAGAGCUUUAGAAACGAUGUUGACAUUGCUAUAAGUCAACGGACCGUAGAAACUAGAGUGAAAAAGGAAACGGCCCAGUUUCAUUUUGAUUCUUCUGGUGUGUCGAGUAAAUCAACUCAUGCUUCAAUUCAAGCAGUUGUAGGAAGCAGAGCGGCAAACGAGUCGUUUCAGCUACAUCCUGAGAAAUAUCAACCUGUAAAGGGUGCAGAGAUACUGAAUACCGGCUUAAAAAAAAUGAAGGGUUUUACAACAUCCUUCGAGUGCACUGGUGAGAAAAUACCAGCUCAUUCUAAUCCCCCUUCACGCACCAUCUCCUCUCUACGCAAAUGCCCCCAGCAUGUUAGGUUUGCCGGUUCAGAUUCAGAUUAGUAAAGGAGAGACAUCUAGCAUUGAGAGAAAAGUGAUGGCGAUGUUGGGUUUAGAUUAGUUUAGUUUAGUUCAAUUCCUUCCUGUGUGGCAUGAGGGUUCAAACAGACGUGUCUACGUUGUAUUCCGAAAUUCCAAGGUUACAAAAUGUAAGAAUUGUGAUGGGUGCUACAAAAGGUCUUGAAGACUAAUUUGAAAGUUGUUACUAUCAAGUUACCCUUAUACCAAGGGUGUGCGAACUUUGACCAGA